GAUGUAUAGAGAGAUUGCUGCUCUUUGAAUGUGACGUCUAUAUCAUGCGCUAUUAGAGGCACAGACUGGGUGACAACAUGGAGAAGUAUGAGGGGACGGAGAAAGUGCUGAAUUAUCUGCAGGAGGUGGAGAGGAAGGCCGAGGAUGUGCUGGUGGACAGGCGGCAGAUUGUGGACCUUGACAUGAAAAGGAAUCAGAACAGAGAGGCCCUACGAGCGCUCAGCCGCGAGACUUCUCAGUCAGGGCCAGUGACCGUGUGCUUCGGUGAUAUGUUCAUAAACCUUCCGAAAGAGAAAACCAGGGAAAUGAUUCAGCGAGAUCAAGAACAGCUAGACACGGAAAUAAAUAACCUCCGCUCACAGCUGAAAGUGAAGGUGAACCAGCUGUAUGAGGUGCAAGGUAAACCAGAGCUGAAAGGCUUUAACCUGACCCCACUGAGUCCAGACGAAGUUAAGGCGAUUAAUAAAGUUUUGAAAGGAUGAGCGGAACAUAAAAACACACCAGUCUUGGUGUCUUCCAAGAGACGGCAUUUCAGGUCGUAAUCAUCUUGACUGCUGGCGGUCAGGGAGGGAGAAGCAUUAACUUCUAGCAGCCACCUGCAAGGAAGAGCAGGAGCGUCAGAAGAUGGCAGAAAACAGAACUGUACAAGUCGUGUGGCAAGGACUGGUAUCUGUGGUCACUGUUGCUAUAGUAACUGCAGAGUUAAUGUUUGUAUGUUGUAACAAUAAUAGUAAAUCUUUAUUUUGUUUUGCA